GCCCGGGGGCCGUCCUGCGGGGCCGCCGCUGCGCGUUCGCCUUCCCUGGGGCUGCGGCCGGCGGGCAGCCCCGGAAGGGAAGGAAGGAAAGGAAGGGGCUUUGUGGGGUGCGGGCUGGCGGGGCUGGGGGCUGGAGGAUGGCCGGAGCCCCGGGGCGGCCGGGGAGCAUCCCCCGGUGCUAGGAUAUCCGCGAGCCGGCCGCCUGCCAGCCGUGUCCCGUCCCUCCCUGCCUACCACCACCGGGCAUCAGCGUGUUUGUCAGGCAGACGUUGCGAAAGUAUCGAUGUGCAGGAAGUCGGCGGGGGAAGGCCGCUCUGAAACGGCCGCUAACGCUUCUGUUUCUUGGCGUAGCGAAAGAGAGAGGCCGGCGGCCGGGGAGCGCUGGCUCGAACCUCCCGUGCGCUCGGCCCCGGGCAGCGGCGGGUGCCCCGCCAGGCUCGGCAGCGACCGGGGAACAGGAUGUGCGCGGCUUCCUGGCGGCUCGGCUCGGCUCGGCUCGGCACGGCGUGCAUGCAGCCAGCCGGGCAGCCCGCUCGUUUCCUUUCUCACGCCGUCGGUCAGCUUUUUUGAGAAUGAAGCGAAACGGGCCGGGUGUGGCGCCGUGCCGGGGUGGGGAGCCAGGUGCGAGGAGCUUUUGACUGGUUUAAAUUUAGCUGAGGGGGGGUGGAGGUGUUGCUCAAACGCAGCGCAGGCUCGGGUUUGUCUUCGAUGAUGCCAAACAUUUAGUUCCCAACAAAAUGAGAGACUUCUUCUGUACCAUAAACCUGGACCAAGAAGAAGUUUUCCGUACGCAGGUAGUUGAAAAAUCUUUAAGCCCUUAUUUUGGGGAAGAGUUUUACUUUGAGAUUCCGAGAACAUUCCAGUGGUUGUCCUUCUACAUUUAUGAUAAGAGUGUUUUACAAAAAGACCUGCGUGUAGGAAAGGUGGCAAUCAAAAAAGAAGACUUAUGUAACUAUACAGGGAAAGAGAACUGGUUUAUGCUUCAACCUGUCGAUUCUAAUUCAGAGGUUCAGGGAAAAGUUCACCUUGAAUUAAAACUGAAUGAGCUGAUAACAGAUAAUGGAUCUGUGUGCCAGCAACUAGUAGUACACAUAAAGGAAUGCCAUGGGUUGCCUCUUAUAAAUGGACAGAAUUGUGACCCUUAUGCAACAGUCUCUCUUGUGGGUCCUUCCAGGAAUGACCAAAAGAAGACCAAAGUAAAGAAGAAAACAAGCAAUCCGCAGUUUAACGAAACGUUUUACUUUGAGGUAACCAGGUCCAGCAGUUAUACCAAAAAGUCCCAGUUUCAGGUGGAAGAAGAAGACAUUGAGAAAUUGGAAGUCAGGGUGGACCUAUGGAACAAUGGAAAUUUGGUACAAGACAUCUUCCUAGGAGAAAUUAAAGUUCCUGUGAAGGUGUUAAGAAAUGAUUCCUUUCAAGCAUGGUACUUACUUCAACCAAGAGAAAAUGGCAACAAGUCUUCUAAAACUGAUGACUUGGGAUCACUUAGAUUAAAUAUUUGCUACACUGAAGACUGUGUACUUCCCUCUGAAUAUUAUGUUUCUCUAAGAAACUUGCUGCUAAAAUCAUCAGAUGUUCAGCCAAUUUCUGCAUCUGCUGCCUACAUAUUAUGUGAAGUUUGUCGAGAUAAGUACGAUGCUGUUCUGCCUCUUGUACGGUUGCUACUACACCACCAUAAGCUAGUCCCAUUUGUUGCUGCAGUAGCAGAACUGGACCUGAAGGACACUCAAGAAGCAAACACAGUCUUCAGAGGGAAUUCAUUAGCAACUCGGUGUGUAGAUGAAAUGAUGAAAAUAGUGGGAAAACACUACCUAAAGGUUACUUUGAAAGCAGUUAUUGAUGAGAUAUGUGAGUCUCCUAAACCCUGUGAAAUAGAUCCAAUCAAAUUAAGAGAAGGGGAUAAUGCAGAAAUUAAUAUGGAAAAUCUACGCUAUUAUGUAGACAAAGUAUUCCGUGAAAUUGUGCGGUCAAGUAUAAGUUGUCCUACCCUAAUGUGUGAUGUUUUUUAUUCUUUGAGGCAUCUGGCUGCCAAAAGAUUUCCAAAUGACCCUCAUGUACAGUAUUCUGCAGUGAGCAGCUUUGUGUUUCUUCGUUUCUUUGCUGUAGCCGUAGUCUCACCUCAUACUUUUCAUUUACGACCUCACCAUCCAGAUGCACAGACUUCUAGAACAUUAACUCUCAUAUCAAAAGCCAUCCAGACUUUGGGGAGUUGGGGAAGUUUGACCAAAAGCAAACUUUCAAGUUUCAAGGAGACGUUUAUGUGCGAGUUUUUUAAAACAUUUCAAGAAGACAAAUUUACUGAAUCUGUCAAAAAGUUUCUAGAUGAUGUUUCCUCUACUGAAAGUAAAGAACCAAGUGGUCUGAGUGAGCCAGUACAUCUAAAAGAAGGAGAAAUGUACAAAAGAGCUCAGGGAAGGACUCGGAUUGGUAAAAAGAAUUUCAAGAAGCGGUGGUUCUGUCUAACAAGUAGAGAAUUCACCUACCACAAACAGCAAGAUAAAGAACCAAUCUUCACGAUUCCAAUCAAAAACAUCCUUGCAGUGGAGAAGCUUGAUGAGAGCUCCUUCAACAAGAAAAAUAUGUUUCAAGUACUACAUGGAGAAAAGCCACUGUAUAUCCAAGCAAAUAACUGUGUAGAAGCUAGUGAGUGGAUAGAAGCUCUCUGCCGGGUAACGAGAUGCAACCAGAAGAGGCUUAGUUUUUACCAUCCUUCUGCUUUUUUGAAUGGGAGCUGGCUUUGCUGCAAGGCUACAAUAGAAAACACAGUGGGCUGUGCUCGUUGCACUGCAGAUGUUCCAGCUGAUACUCAAAUUGAGAUUGAUGGAGACAGAGAGACAGAAAGAAUUUACUCACUCUUCACUAUCAACAUGUCUAAACUUCAGAAGUUGGAAGAGGCUUGCGGAAGCAUAGCUGUCUAUCAAGGUCCACGGAAAGAACCAGAUGACUAUUCUAACUUCACAAUUGAAGACUCUGUAGCAACUUUUCAUACACUCAAACAGAUAAUAGAUGUAGUAGAAAAGCUGAAUGAAUCACAUGAAAAAUACCGAAAGAAGAGAUCAUCUAGUGCUAAAUAUGGUAGUGAAGAAAAUCCAAUUGUUGGAAAGGUUUCCUAACCAAAACAAACUGUGGCACACUUGGAUGAAAACGAAACUGGAAAUGUUCUUGGGGGUGUUGUUUUUUUUGUUUUAUUUCAUUUUGUAUUUCAUAACAUGCAUCUUUACAAAGUAUUUAAAAAUGAACAUAAAUGCUAGUUGUGUUGACAAUCUAUUUAAUAUUUAAUAGAAAGCUAGCUACUUGGAAACCUUGUCUUAGAGUUGAUUCUCAUUUUGCUGAAGAACUUGAAGUUCCAGGUUCUUGAAGUAACAGAUGUGAAUAGAACUAAAUGUUGUUUUGCCAUUGCUGUUUUAUUGGAAAGAACUUUCUAAACAAAUAAGCUUUUUAAUGGAACAAAAUCAACAUGGCAUCUGUUGGUUGUAUUGCAUCUCUGAAUACAUGUAUUGCAAAAUUGUAUGAGUUUACCAUGAGUGCCUGCCCUGCUGAUAACGAUCUUGAAAUAGAAAUCCCAAGAUACAAUGACAUGGUAAAGACCUGAAGCUUCACACUCAA